AAAAAAAACAUUUACCCUAAUCACAAAUAGGAAGAAUGAUGUGAAUUGUGAAGCAAUGGUGUGAAACCUUCGCCGUCACUCCUGUGUUUCUAAUCGUUCUCCGCCGUUUCUAGCUCUUCGCCGUCACUCCUUCUCUUUCAAACCUUCACCGUCACUGUCAAUCGAAGAUUUGAAGAAUCCCUCCACCACUGUUUCUAAACUCCACCAUUCCAAGGUUUCUAAUCUUAUUUUCUUUCAACUUCAUUGCAUGCUCGAUUUAUAUUUGAUUUCGAUGAUUUUCACUGCUCUGCUAACCUAUUCCAUGCUCUUUCAACUUUGUUAUUUAAAUUUUAUUUUGAUACUCACUGUUUCUUAAGUUUUUUUUAGCUAAAUUUGAUUUUCAAACUCACUUGCGUGAAUCCACGGCUCUUUUACUAGUUUUUUUUUUUUUAAGUGGAAACGGAGCAACUUUGAUUAUUAUCAUUGAUUGGAAUAUGUUUCAAAACGUUUAGGUUCCCCUGUUACUGUUAGUGUUUAUUGAGAAGUGCACGCGUGAUAACAGUAGUAAUUUUUUUGUUUUUGUUUUGGGUUUCACCACCGGUUUAAUCUGGUUCGAGGUCGGUUCUGACAUCAAGUAGUUCCGGCCCCUCGUUGCGGGGAUCGAACCGUGGGGUCCUCGCCAACGCUUUGCAUCCUACCGUUGGAAACUUUGCAUAUAUGAUGAUGCCAUCAGCUUGUUCAAUUGCUUCAAAGAAAGCAAAAGGAGAUUGUACAACUGUGCCAAAUUGGCUUGAACUUCCGAGAGAAAUCACUGCAAACAUCCUUCAGAGGCUUCCUACUGUUCAAGUUGUGACAAGUGCAUGUCUAGUGUGUCCGCAAUGGUGGAACAUAUGCAAGGAUCCUCUCAUGUGGCGCACCAUUCACAUGGCUGGUUUCGACUAUUUCACCUGCAGUUUUCGAGAGUUGGCUAAGAUUUGUCAGUAUGCUAUUGAACGAAGUUGUGGUCAUCUCAUUGACAUUCAAAUUGAGUAUUUUGGCUCAGAUGAUAUCCUUGAAUGUAUAGCUCAAAGUGCCAGCAACCUACGAUGCAUGCAACUUGUUGAAUGCUUUCAAAUUUCAGAUAAAGGAUUCAUUGAUGCUGUGAGAAAGCUUCCAAAGUUAGAGGAGGUGCGCAUUUCACUUUGCGACCUUUCAAGUAAUUCUCUUGAAGCCCUUGGCCGAUCUUGUCCUCUUUUAGAAGUUCUCCAGUAUGCAAGACCAUUGUAUGUAUCUAGUAUCGGUAAGGAAGAUCAUUUGGCACUUGCUAUUUCCGAAACAAUGUCUAAACUAUGCUAUCUGGAUAUUCAAAGAACUAGUAUCACUAAUAUUGGCCUUCUUGCUAUUCUUGACGGAUGUCCUCUUCUUGAGUAUCUUGACAUUGAUGAAUGUUUUCAUCUAAAAAAUUUGAGUAAUAAUUUGAGGAAAAGAUGCAUUGAGCAGAUUAAGGAUUUACGACUGCCAAAUCCAAACAACUAUGGUGAAUACGACCAUAUUGAAAUUGCGUGCAAAAGAGCUCAUAGGAAGAGUGUGACCAUAUUGACAAACUUGUGUAGCAAUAGCUAUGGAUCUCUUAAAAUGAACAGAAAGUACCAGAAUUGAAUGGAACCGAAUGAAGCCGAAUGGAAUGGAGAAUUUUAAGAAUUACUCCCUACGUCCUCUUUUAUAAGAACCUUUCCAAAAAUCACAGUAUUAAGAAAAAGUUGUUGGAGUAACAAUUUUGUUUGAUUUGUGAGAGAUUAUUAAUUUGCCUUUUAUAUUUGAUGUAUUCAAUGUUGCUUUUUCAUAUUUCAAUGCAAAUUAAUGGUAUUAACGAUGGAUGUAUUUGGAAAAGGAGUCAUAAUUUCAUCUAAAAAUUUGUAGAGCGUUUUCUAUUUAAGGACACUU